UAAGAAACAGAAAAGAGACAUGAGGCACUGAUAACGAGCAAUUUUAGAGCCAUGCUGCUCUUACUCUGAAAGAGCAACAUAGUGGGGGGGAAUUUGUGGGAGCAUUUUUAAUCCAUCCAUUUGCUUUAUGGCUACAUAAGAAGUUUCCUGGAAAAAAAAAAAAGCAUGUCAGGCAGCACCGAAUGCCCCUUUUUCCUCUGGGGACUUCUAGCCUUGCUGGGUUUGGCUCUCAUUAUAUCGCUGAUCUUCAAUAUUUCCCACUGCGUAGAAAAGCAGCGACAAGAUAAACUGUACAGAUACUCUGAUGACUACAUUCCCAGAGUUGAUGAAUAUGAUAUUGAAGACACUCCAAUUUAUGGUAAUUUAGAAAAUAUAAUCCCAGAACAAGGCUUCAGUGUCAGACGCAAAGGGGACAGUUCAUUCGUCUGUAACCUCAUCAACAUCUCUCCCAAAAAGACUAGGCACGUGGUCAUAGGGGAUUCUUGUUACAUCUACGGGUUAUUUGGCUCUUGUACUUUUAUCCAUGCCGAUGGUUUUCAUUUUUCCAUUGCAAAUCACAAUCUCUUCAAAUCUCAAGAUCCAAUAGAUGAAGACUGCUAUGAACAGAUGAAAGCACGGCCGGAAAGAUCUGUAAAUGACAUGCUAGAAGUCACCCCCGCUGCACAGGUUGCAGCUGAAGCGCAGAUGUGCUAUGCCUCACUUGAUCAUAGCUUCAAGGGGAAGCGCAGAAAACCAAGGAAGCAGAAUACUCACUCAUCAGACAAGGAUAGAGAUGAACUGUUGCAUGUGAUGGAUACAAACACAGCUAAAACCAAUUUGGUAGAGAGUUUCUCACCAGAAAGCCAGGCAAUAGAGGAAAACAUCCAUGAUGAUCCCAUCAGACUCUUUGGGUUAAUUCGUGCUAAGAGAGAACCUCUGAACUAGCAAGACUAUGAUCUAGCUCUGCAGUAAUGCUGUUAUUUGAGAUGAUUGUUAAAAAGGCAACGUCUCCACAUGACAUAGAAUGACCUGGCAGGAAGAUGAUCUGACCAUAUGUUGAUGGGAUGGUGUCUGACCUCUUCUUCAGAGGCAGUAUCCAUACACACUAAAUGUAAUGUCAUGAAAAUCAGUUUAAUGAAUUUAUCUGAAAAUUACCAAAGUAGUAAAUCCAAAAUAAAAUCCAAUUUGCAAGUUAAGCUUUUUAACACAGUAAAAAGUGACAAUAAUACCUAGUAGAAAGAUAAAUUUAAAAAUACUUUAAUGCUUAAAUAUAUUCUAUAAUACAUUGAAAGAAAAACAACAAAUGAUUUUUAAAAAAAAUUUUCCUCACUUAUCAAUCUGAGAUUCAUCAUUAUCAUAAGAAAUUUCUGAUUGAAAGAUGUAGAAGAAGCCAGACAUGGUGGUGCACACCUGAAAUCCCAGCACUUGGGAGGCUGAGGCAGGAGAUCUGUUGUGAGUUAGA